AUGUCGAUAAGCUGCUCAGCACUACGUCAAACUGUACCGCCAUCAACUAGAAGUUCAGGACAUGAAUUAACAAAUGGAACUUUCGGUUUUGGUGAUACAUCGAGUAACAGUGUAGAUUCAUUGAUAGCACCCGAACGGGAUGAUCUAGAUUUCCGAAUUCAACAACGAUUGGAAGCAUCCCGACAAGGAAUGUUGCAGCUGGAAGCGCUUCGCAGCAAACACCAAAAAUUGAUGCAGGAAAUGCGUAUUCGCUUACCGCAUAGAAUUAAUGGAGAGCAAUCAAGCGAUGGUUCCGAAAAGCAUAAACAAUCAUCAGCUUUAAAUGUUCAAACUGAGAUCAAGUUGAAUGAUUUACGAUGCGACAGUCCGGUGAGCUGUUGUGUAAGUCAUCGAUCGUCUGUUAGCAUGGAUUCCGGAUGUGUUUCACUGUCUUCUGACUUUAGCAGUCAAUCACCAAUAUCUUCUAAUACAAAUCAAAAAUUUUCUCUGGAAGAUCAACAAAAGAAAAUUGAACAGAAUGUGAUCACCGCUGAAAUUGAAAAUGAUGAAAACCCACAAGUUGUGGCUACGGCAAUAGAAAGUACUACAGCAUUGCGUUACAAUGGAACAAAACAUUGCAAGAACUGGCCAAGAUCAAAGUCAAUGUGUUUCAAUUAUCUGGAUGAAAAUACCACUGUUAUUGAUUCGCUUUCAUUCUCACAGAUCACUCCGCCACCAAUUCAUCGAAAAUUUUUUACGAUUGGAAAGUUAGAAAGUGUUCAGAUUCACCGCCCAUCUCUGACCACGAGUUGUGUUGAUAUCCAUUCUCCAAUAACGAUGCAAAGGGAUCAAUCACCGACACGUUUUCCGGUUAAUCAGUCAUCGUUGCUGUAUGCCAAACCAAUUGCUAUACCGUUAUCUUCAAAAAUACCGACGUCUCCAUACAUGAGACUUAGAAAUUCUAAAAAAUCGUUGCAAAAUUCUCGAAUUACACCACAUCACGAGAGUCAGUCAAUUUUCCAUGCAAGUCGAGUAUUCGUAGAUCGUUCUCCUCGCACUAUAAAGUGUGGAAAGCAGUGCGUAAACAGUGAAAAACAGCAAAGUUAUGUGCAUUCGAAUAAAGGUUCACCAUGUGAGUUGCGGAAAGUACAUCAAAUCGAAGGUCUCAAUUCACUGUCUAAUGUCACUGUUCUGGAAUACCAUCAACAGUUCAAUCGUUGUAAAAGCUCGAAGAGUUCAGAAACAAUAGUACCUGACCGAACUCAUCGUCGAAAGAAGGAGAAAGACUGGAAGGAAUCUGAAAAUUUGUAG